UGACUGACUGUGACUGAUUUCGUGUUUGAAGAUAAAUAAUCUUGUAUUUUUAAUUUUUAUUUAAGUCUUUUGACUUAAAAUUAAAUUAAAAUAAGUAAUAAACAAUUUGGAAAUGGCUGCUUGUAACGUGGAAGUUAUUAAAUUAGUUGGCAAAUAUUUAAAUACUCCAGUUGGACCGAUUUGUUUUAACUCCGACAGGGUACUAACAACAGUCCUCGAUAAAGAAAAUGUCGAGGGUUUCGCCACUAUUGUUUUGAGGUUGGCUUCAAAGAGUGGCGUGUCCAUGUCCCAAGAACAGAUUCUUCAGAGUUACCAAUGGCUGGAACAUAUUGCUUUGUAUUCGGACCAGGCUGCCAAUAGUGCAACAUUUGCCAAAACUUUCUUGAAGGAUGUAAACAAAGCACUUGAAAAGAACACUUAUUUGACUGGACAAUUCUUAACUAUUACUGAUGUAGCAGCCUAUUAUGUUCUCUAUCCUUUAUUGGAAAGGCUGAGUGUUGCUGAGAAGGAGUCUAUCAUCAAUGUAUGUCGGUGGUCAAAACACAUCCAAGCCCAGCCCAAGGUGUGUGCCAGCCGCGCCCCACUCCCUCUCAAUGUGGUCAAUUUAUCUAUUUUGGCACCAGCAGUGCAUUAAUUAUUUAAGGAGUGCCUAGGUAUGUUUGUAUAAUUUCCUAAUUAUUUAUUGCAUACCAUAAAAUUUAAUUACUGACAUUCUGUAAAAUAAGGCAAUUUUACGAUUUCAAUAAAAUUUGUCCAUAAAAAUGUUUUAUGGUAAAAAGGAAA